AUGCAGGUGGCCAGUGCCUACCCUUCUUCGCUGCACCAUCCCCACUACCACACUUACUAUCAAUUACAUACGCCAGGCCCACAAGACCAUGAGCUCAAACGCCAGUAUCUCGCCUUCCUUCCUCCUCAACAAAUCAUCGAGAUUUGUCUAACAUUCGACGCAUAUGUCUCCCCAUACGUGAGGAGCACAGUAUGGCCUCUCGAUCUCAGCUCCGCGAUUGCGGCGCUGCAAAAAGCGAAAUCUACGUCCGACGCGACAGAAAAGUCGUCUUCGGAGAGCUCAAGAAAAGAUGGCGUAGCCGUCAUGGAUUCCUUGAAUCCGCCAGAUGAGAAGGAAGAUACGCCUGCACCGUCAGAAAGCACGUCUAGAACGGAGCCUCUGCCUCCAGAUAAAGGUAAAUCUUCAACACCGGGUCCACCAUCUACAUCGACAGUAUCUGCUCCUGCACCUUCAAUAUCUUCGACAUCCUCUGCCCAGCCUGAAAGUACCUCGUCCACCGCCAGCACUUCGACUGCACCCGCACCAUCUGCUGAAUCUACCACAUUCACACAAGGAACUGCUGCCCUUACACACGCGCCCGCACCGACGCCUCAGCCAAUCCCCCCAUACCCUUAUGGCUAUGGACACCUUCCAGCGGCCUACCCGCAUACACCCUACUACGCCACAGGGUACCCUUACCCCUACACGUACCCGACGAUGCAGAACGGGUACCAUCACCCUCCCCCACCCCCUCCCCAUCCACAGCCCCAACCACCUACCUAUGCCACCACCCAAACGUCUAUGUACAACAACAUGGUUCCGCUACCACCACCGCAAGAUGGCGUUUCGGCGGACGAUCUGCCGAGCUAUGAGGAGAUGCUCGUAGAGGCGCUAACGGAUUGUACAGAACCGGAUGGAUUGGCGCCCAAGGAUCUUUUCGCGUGGAUGGCUUCGCGAUAUCCUGUGCAGUCGAAUUUCCGACCUUCAGCAAGUCAGGCGCUGCAGAAGGCCUUCCGGCGAGGGAGAUUUGAGAAGAGCUCGAAUGGGAGGUAUAGGUUAAAUGCAACAUGGGAAGGCGGUAACACCUCUCGACGGACAACACGUCGGCCGCAGAUCCAUGGUGGCUUACCUCCACCUCCAACAACGACGACAGGAAGCUCGACACCCAUACCUCCCUUUACGCAUGCGCCUCUUGUACACCAUCACCACGGCCGCACAACUUCUUCCUCAACUCAAUACCCAUAUGGGUAUCCGCAUCCUGGUUAUACAGGCUUCGGUGCUCAACCUGCCUCCAGUGCAGCGGGAUUCUCUUCAACUGCCUUGAAGACGAUCCAGCCAGUCACCUCAGACGGGCCAACCGCCGACGCGUACGAAGCAGCACAGAACAUACUCAAAGCGAUUAACUUUGGCGGCCUGCUUUCUAUGCCGUCGGACGACGACCAGCACCACAAUGAGUCUCGAGCAAAGGAUGACAGAGCCCAGGAGGCGGCGUCGAUCGCGAACGGCGUCGAGAACCUCUUGUCCCAUGUACAGGCAGUCCUGGCGGCGAACGCUGCGGGUGCGGAGGCGCAGAGUGCGGCGGGACCAGUGGCGGUAGCAGGAGGCGCCAUCGCGCCUGCUGUACCUACACCACCGGCCGACCCACGUGCGGAGCUGCAGGCCCAGUUGGCCCUCUUGUCUGCCCAGCUGGCUGAGCUUGGGCAGCUGGAAAGUGCGCCAGUACCGACAAAUAUAAUCGCUCCAGCACCUGUAGCCCCUGCGAUGGCUACCCUAGUCCCAGACGAGCCGCAAGGCGUGCUUCCAGCGUCCAUGCCGGCGCCAGUACAAGAGGUGCUGCCACUCGAAGCUCUACCCGAGGAGGACGAAGAGAGCGACGACGACGACAUGGAGGAGGUUAUCUAG